AUGGAGCAUCCAGUUAUGACCACAACACAACUCUUCACACUAACCUUCCGCGCCAUCUUUCUUCUGUUCCUCCCCUUAUCGGUCUCAAAAUUUUCCUUGGCUUUCACACUUUCAAAUGAGACUGAUAAACUUGCACUGCUCGAAUUCAAGUACCAAAUAAUAGAUAGCCCUCUCAGUGUCCUGGCUUCUUGGAACGAGUCUUUCCAUUUCUGCCAGUGGGUUGGGGUCACCUGUGGCAACAAACACCAAAGAGUCAUCGGUUUGGACUAGAAAAACAAAAGGUUGGUUGGCAACAUAUCACCUUAUAUUGGAAAUCUUUCUUUCCUUCAAUCCCUCGAUCUUUCAAGUAACUCUUUCCACGGUGAAAUUCCCUCGGAAGCUGGUUACUUGACCAGACUUCAAAAUUUGAACUUGAGUUAUAAUCUAUUGUUGGGAGGGGAAAUUCCAGUCAAUCUGUCUCACUGUUCCAACCUCCGGAAUCUUGACCUCCAGAAGAACCAGCUAGUACAAGGAAUCCCUUCAGAACUUGGCUUUUUGUCAAAACUUGAGAUACUAAUUCUUGACAACAAUAAUUUAAGUGGAAGGUUCCCACCUUCUCUGGGGAACUUGUCCUCUCUUCAAAACCUUUCGUUUGCAUCUAACAAUUUGGAGGGGGAAAUCCCAAAUACAGUAGCCCAAAUGAAAAGCUUGAAAUAUUUUGAUGUAGACACGAAUAAUCUUUCUGGUGUCUUUCCACCUUCCCUAUACAAUUUAUCAUCGCUCACAUAUAUUGCCUUGACUGAUAACAUCUUCUCUGGUAACCUCAACCCUGACUUAGGCAUUGCUCUUCAAAAUCUCCAGAUACUUUGGAUGGGAGAAAACCAAUUUACAGGAACCAUUCCAGUUUCAUUAUCCAAUGUCUCACACUUUCAACACCUUGAUACAGUAUAUAACUAUUUCACAGGAACCAUACCUACAAGUUUUGGCAAUCUAAAAAACCUUCAAAAGCUUGGUUUUGGUUCAAAUUAUCUGGGAAAUUAUUCAGUUGAUGAUUUGAGUUUUCUGAGUACUUUGACCAAUUGCAGCCACUUAGAGAAGCUUGAUGUUAGCUACAACCAACUUGGAGGUGAGCUGCCUAACUCCAUAACAAACCUUUCAAUCCAAUUAACGUCGCUACGGUUAGGAGGGAAUUUAAUUGGUGGGAGCAUACCUACGUACAUUUCAAAUCUUGUCAAUCUAUCUGAACUUUACCUGGAACAAAACAUAUUGACAGGAAAUCUUCCACCUUCAAUUGGGAAGCUCUCAAACUUGAACGCUCUGUCCAGGUGCAACAAAUUGACAGGGGAGAUCCCAUCUUCCUUUGGCAACUUAACUCAUUUGCUGCUCCUCCAUUUGUACAAUAACAGCUUGGAAGGGAGCAUACCCUCGAGUCUUGGAAAUUGUAGCUACCUCCUAGAUGUACUCCUUUGCCAUAAUAAAUUAAAUGGCACCAUACCCCCGGAACUUAUUGGUCUUCCAUCUCUUUCUAUAGUCCUUAAUGUGACUCAUAACUCUUUGACAGGUUCUUUACCAUCAGAAGUUGGAAACCUGAAACUUCUUGUUUCACUAGACGUUUCAUACAACAAACUUUCCAAUAAGAUUCCAGACCAGUUAGGGGACUGUUUGUCCUUAGAAACACUUUACAUGCAAGGCAACUUCUUCGAAGGAACCAUUCCUGACCUAGGAAAGUUAAAAGGUAUUCAAUAUCUUGAUCUUUCCCACAACACCUUGUUCGGCCAAAUCCCAAGCUAUAUGGUAAAUUUUCCCGUGUUGCAAAAUUUAAACCUGUCUUUCAACAAUCUUGAGGGAGAGGUACCUAUAGAAGGGGUCUUCAGAAAUGCUAGCGCAGUUGAAGUCUAUGGUAACAGUGCUCUUUGUGGGGGCAUCAAAGAGCUGCAUAUGCAAGCAUGCCCCAGUCAAGGAUCCAAGAAACAUAGAAGGCAUGUUGCUUUUAAGUUGAUACUGGCAAUAAGCAUUGCAGCUACUUUUUGCUUGACAUCAAUCUCUUUAUUUACUCUUUCCUUGUUGAGAAAGUCGAAGAAGAAAUGCCUUUCCAUUUCCUCCUUUGGACGCACCUACCAAAAGAUUUCUUAUGAAGAAUUACUCAAUGCAACUAAUGGAUUCUCUUUGAGGAAUUUGAUUGGUUCAGGUAAUUUUGGUAGUGUCUACAAAGGAAAACUUGGUCCAGAUGAACCAAAUGUUGCAGACAAGGUACUCAACCUUCAGAAGCAAGGAGCUUCCAAGACCUUCAUUGUUGAAUGCGAAGCCUUGAGGAACAUCCGGCAUCGGAAUCUUGUUAAGAUUGUGACCGCUUGUUCAAGUAUUGAUUUUGGGGGCAAAGAUUUUAAAGCUUUAGUGUAUGAGUUCAUGCCAAAUGGGAGCUUGGAGAUGUGGUUACAUCCUGAAGAUGAGCUCAGCCAACUGAGAAAUUUAAAUCUUCUCCAGAGAAUGAACAUUGCAAUAGAUGUGGCUUCAACUUUGCUUUAUCUUCAUCACCAUUGCCAAACCCCUAUCAUUCACUGUGAUCUUAAGCCAAGCAAUAUUCUUCUCGAUGAUGAUUUGACUGCUCAUGUAAGUGAUUUUGGUUUGGCAAGACUCCUUUCGAAAUCUGGAAAGGAAGCUUUUCUUAAUCAAUUAAGUUCGGCCGGAAUAAAGGGAACUAUCGGAUAUGUUGCUCCAGAGUACGGAAUGGGUAGUCAGCUUUCAACUAAUGGGGAUGUAUACAGCUUUGGGAUUUUCUUGUUGGAAAUGUUCACUGGAAGACGACCCAUUGACGAAUUGUUUAAAGAUGACUUGAACCUUCACAACUUUGUCAAGUUGGCAUUGCCAGGACGAGCGAUGGAGAUUGUGGACCAAGCAGUUUUCAACAAAGCAGGAGAAAAUAAGAAUAUAACUAAAUGCUUGAUAUUGGUCUUUAAAAUUGGACUUGCAUGUUCAGCAGAAUCUCCAGGAGACAGAACAGACAUGAGAAGAGUUGCCUUGGAAUUGCUUUCAAUUAAAGGAAAAUUCCUUUCGAUUGAAACUCAUGAAAUGAAAAUCCAAAGCUCCGUCAACAAGUAAAAUUUCUGAAAAGCAUCAA